UCCGUUGCAUAAUUAAUUGACGCAUGCGCCACACAUUGCAAUCAGCUGUCAAAAAGAACAUAAUCACGUAAAAAACAAAAUUAUUUGUGUCCUAAGAUAAUUCCCGUCAAUAUGGCGGGGCAAAAUCCAGGUUCGCCGACAGACUUUCAGUAUUUUUAUGAGGAUGAAGUCUAUAAAAUCAACAACCGUGGUCAAGUCGUCUUCGGUCUCGUACUUGAAAACUAUGAAGGCAUCUCGAGCGAUCAAGAGAGCGACAUUGAAGCAGCUGUACAAAAAGGCGAAAUUCGUGUUGUAUGGCACCCCUCCGGCACUGAACGGGUCAUAUCCGAAAAGACGGUCGGACUAGCUGAUCGCUCACUAAUGCCAGGCGAUGUAGUCCGCCGGCUUAUUGCUGGCAAGGAUACACAGAGAGGUUACUGCAGAGACAUUGUAAUGACUGCCGCCCUACAAAUAGUUGGAACUAAGCAUGUGAUUCCAAGUGUAGCCAGUGAGAGGCUGCAACCGUUAGAAGAGUUCACUCCCGACCUCGCAGUGUGCCUUGAAUCUUGGGUUGGAACUUCAAAGGCAGUCCACAGUAAAUUGCGGCUGGUUUCCGCUGAUGGUUCCCGUCUCGAGUACCCCGACCUCGACAGUUGUCCUCUAGAAGAUUACUCAAUGCGUCGCCGUCGCUCCACACCAUAUUCUUCGUCAGAGUUCUACCCUGGCCAAGUAGUGUACGGUCCACUCGGUUCCUUGGACAAUGCUAACUGGCUUCACAUGACAAAAGAGAUGAAAGCUGCAAGAAAGCACAAGAUGCAUGAUCAUAAGUUCACGGUGGAAGCGGUGGUGACUGAAAGCGUGAGUGUACACUGGCAGUGCCGAGCCCUCUGCACCCAUGUAGCGGACGCGACAGCCACCCCUGCUCAACCUAAAUUCCUCGUAGAAGGUGAAGAUCUUAAAAAUCUCAAGUUGCUCAACGUGUUUGAACCAUGCACUCUUCAAGUCGGUGAUCGCAACUUCCUCACCAUUGGUCCAGACGAUACAUUUAUCAGCAAGAAGCAAUGGAGGAAACAGCAAAGUAAACACUAUAGGAAUCUUCGGAAACAAACCCGGCCAACUAAGAAAUUAUCUAAAUCUGAGACUAACUCUACCGAUCAUAUGCCGUCCAGACCCAAAAAGAGAGCAUCGUCACACCGUAAACCUAAGUCUGUGGAUACUGAAAUGGAGGUAGACGCGUCAGAUGACAAGUUGGAAUGCCUAGAAGAAGCUCUAAAGGCGGACACAAACUGCCCCAGUAUCAAGAUCGAGCCCAGCGGAGAUAUAUCACUGCCAAUGGCCAGCAGCCAAGAAGAUACCGCGACCGAGGAGAAAAACGACUCGGGCAUCAGCCCAGAGCCGACAAAGGAAGAUAGCUCGCUGCUAAAUGGUGACAGCAAGUGUUCUGAGGGCAAUGAUGAUGACUCAGACAAUUGGGAGAACACCAGCAGCGAUGGCAGUGAUACUGAUAGCGGCGCGACGUGGUCGUCACGGUGUUCGUCAGCGGCGUCGCAACGCGGCAAGCGGUCGCCGCAGCUGGCCGUGCGCCUGCUGCGCGGCAAGCGACUCAAGCGGGCAGUGAGGCGCGCGCCCCCGCCGCCGCCGCCCCGACUAGCGGACCGCGUCGUCGUCGAGACGCUGCACACCACCAGCCGCGCCAACGUCGUCUGGCAGGAUGGAACCAUAGAGAUGGGUAUACCAUCAACCCAACUGUAUCCGAUACACCACUUAGAUGGACAGGAGUGCUUCCCAGGUGAUUUCGUAGUCAGCGGCGCAGCCAAUAUUGAAGAGAACCAACAGCUAAAGCACAGAGAAUAUGGCGUAGUGCAGCGCGUCGACCAUCACGGCCGUACAGCCAUCGUGCACUGGUACCGGACCUACACCAGCGCGGACGAGCCCGUUCCUCAGAUGCUGCACGAAAGCGAGAUGAGCGUCUACGACCUGAAGGACCAUCCGGACUUCCAGUACCGACCCGGGACGGUGGUCAUCCGAGUCGCCAAUUUCACCGGCGAGGAUGCGAACUGCACCGCUGGGCAGGUCAUCGAUAACUUCCCAACUGGCCGCGUCAAGGUCUGGUGGGUGGAUGGCCACACCAGCAUGUGCUGGCCACAGGAUCUAUACAAGGUGGGCGAGUACGACUCGGAGGAGGGCGAGCUGUGGGGCUCGGACGGGUCGGGCUCCGAGGACUCGUGGGAGACGCAGAGCUCCGCGCACGAGCCCGACCCCGCAGACAGACUCGAGCCGCCCGCCGACCACGACCACCACCAGGGGGGUUUGUGUACAGUGUUCGCGAACCCGAUGCGGCAAGAGGCGGUGGCGGUGGAGGCCCCGGCGGCCCCGGCGGCCCCGGCGGCUGCAGCGGCGGCCGGCAGCGGAGCCCCCGCCGCGCCCGCCGCGCCCGGGGCCGCCGUGCCGCGCCUGCUGGAGCCGCGCGUGGCCGCGCACAUCGAGCGUGGACGGGUCGCCAUGCGCCGUCUAGAGGAGAUGUUCGCCAAGCAUCCCACCUUGCAGAGCCAGGAGAUAAUGCGUAAACUAUUAAAUUUAUAUAAAGACUGCCGGUUUUUGGAUCGUCUCAUGGGCACUUCGUUCUUCCAUGAAGAUCACUUUCUGGGUCUGCUAGAGCGAGUGCGCGAGCGCGGUGCGAGCACGCCUCGCGCGGGGGAGCGGCGCGUGCACGAGCAGCUGGCGCGGCUGUUCGCGCCCGCGGACCCGCCCGACUCCGCGCACCACGCGCACCACGCGCACCACGCGCACCACUCCCACCACUCCCACCACUCCCACGCCGCCAUGCUCGUGGACGACGACGCGUCCGCCGACACGGUCAUCACUGCCAACGUCACCGUCGAGCCUAUGGAGGUUGAAAGUGCAACGCCUAAGAAACAAUUACAUCUGAAUUUGGAGUCUAACCAAGCAUCUGGAUCAGAAAAUAAUAUAUUACAAGAAAAUGCUACUACUGAAAAUCCGGGUGUGGAGGGCGCUGAUGUUGAUGGUACGACUCGCAACGUGUGCUAUAAGCUGUGCUCGCUCAUCCACACGCAACUUGUCAAAGCUCACGCAGAAGUCAGCCGGAGAAGGCCCCAAGAACUGGCCGAAUUCCUUAACAGCUUAAUGAAAACACAAACCGCGACAGAGGAGAAGUUACCCUACCACUUUUCAGUUCAAUACGGCGCCCUGGUAGUGAGCAUGGCCGAUCAAGAUGAAAAAGGCGAUAAUAAAUCAUCCGGAGAAGUCAAAGACGCCACAACCACUACAGUACCAAAAAUAGAGGGAGUUUCGGCAACGACGGACACAGCGCCACUAGCGACGGCCGAGGCGGCCGACGUGGAGGCCGAGCCCGAGGCGGAGUCGGACGCAGAGCUCGAGGGCGGCGAAGGGUUCUAUGUGCUCGAGUCAGCACCGGCCGCACACCGCUUCCACCUCUCCAUACUGCAGCCGUCGGAGCCAAAAAGCUUCUACUCGGCUGUCAAGCGAGAGAUCAAGUUGCUCAAGAGUGACCUGCCGCCUGGUGUGUGGGUACGCGGGUACAUGGACCGCAUGGAUCUGCUGUCGGUGAUGAUCGCCGGCCCCACCAAGACCCCGUACGAGGGCGGGCUGUUCGUGUUCGACGUGCAGCUCGGCGGGGAGUACCCGCGCGCGCCGCCGCUCUGCCACUACCACUCCUACUGCACCGACAGGCUCAACCCCAACCUUUAUGAGGACGGGAAGGUCUGCGUGUCUCUGCUUGGCACGUGGUCGGGCCGCGGCGUGGAGGUGUGGGGCAAGGACAGCUCGCUACUGCAGGUCAUAGUGUCGCUGCAGGGGCUCAUACUCAACGCGGAGCCAUACUUCAAUGAGGCCGGCUAUGAGAAGCAAAAAGGUACACAACAGGGCAAAGAGAACUCCCGCAUGUACAACGAAAUGGUGCUGCUGAAGCUGGUGCAGUCGAUGACGAAGAUGGUGAUGAUGCCGCCGGAGCCGUUCCGCGCGGAGAUCCUGCAGCACAUGCGGCAGCAGGCGGGCGCGCUGGUGCGCCGCCUGGAGGCGCUGGUGGCCGACGAGGCGCCCGCGCCGCCCGACUUCCCGCUGCUGCCCGCUUCGCGCGGCUUCUGCCUCACGCUUCGCUCCUCCCUAGAAUCCUUCCGCAACGCGCUCCGCCGCAACGACAUCCAAGUGCCCCCCUCUACCUUAUAGCCGACCGCGUAACACCCAUAGAUAGCACUAGUAUUUAAUACGUUGUUUAUACGCUCUCGGCGCCGACCGUCGGCGUUAUUCGAAUCACGUACAGGCGAUUCUACGUAAAGACUUUUAUGCAUUUGUAAUCGUGUUGUAUACGGUCAACGUAACCGGAAUGAACGAGUUAGAGACAUUUUAUAUGAGUCACUAUCGCAUCAGUCGCUUAUGAGCAUUAAAAAUGUGACGCCAUUAUGUUCUUAAUGAUUUUCUUGGUAACGAAUUCACGGUUCUCGAUUGUUGUUUUUAUCAUUAGAGUUGAUGAAGUACAUGACUAAACUUUACCUAUGAAAAUAGCAAAAAUAUAUUUUUUUUGUGUAUUUAUUCAUCCACAGAUCGUACAAUACUACAAACGCAUAAACGUCUUUAAGUUAAUUCACCUGUAUCACGUACACCGCCACCGACAGUCAAGCUAGUUUCGAUUCCACACGCGAGACGUCUCUUUACAGAUAAAAAAAUAUAUUUGUAGUUAUAGUAUUUAUUGUGAUGUACUUUUCGACUAUAGGAAUAUUAUAGAUGUUCGAGCCGAGCGUUGUUAGGUUUAAUUAUUAUUUUCUAUAUAAUUUUUUUUAUUCACGAAUUAAAAUUGAAAUUCUUAUUACGAUU